AUGGCCGAGUCUUCAAAGGGUCGGUACAAGCUCGAGCUGGGAGAGGAGGUGCAAGUGCGCCUGCGCGACCUGCUCUUGCGCUGUCCGUGCGCGGCCCUGGAUGGGAUUCGAUGGAGCGUCGUUUGCAAGGUUUAUGCCGAUCGCUACCAAGGAGGGCCUUUGAUCGGUGCCUCAGCUCUCGAUGCCGCGAAGACUUGCCUGGCAGACUUGGCAACCUUCGAUGAAGCAGCUUCAGGAGACGCGCGGCUCAGGCUGCGUGAGGAGGCCGCGCUGUCUGCGGGCAAGGAUGGUCAGUUGGGCUGCUGGCCUCUGCUUCUGCAGAGGCUUGGGGAGAUCGUCCGAAAUCACGGCAGCGCGCAGCCACUGCAAGGAACCGAGGCUGAACACAUUGGAACCAGCACUGGGGAGGUGCUCGGGGUCCUCUUAGGCCAAUUGAAGCACUUGCUGAGUCGGUACUGGGAUCCUGCAUUCGAGGACCGUGGAUUGAGCUUCUUCAACGAAGUCGGACAGUUCGUUCACUUGCGGAAGAUGAAGCAUUUUCUGGCCGAACUGCUGAAAUGGCGAGCUCGUCGGCGGGAGCUGGUUCUGAACAAGGCGCUGCCUCCUUCCGCCAUCGACGAAGCUCUCGGGGACCAGCUGAUGCUGGUUGCCAGUCAAAGGCACAAUGACAUGGUCCUGUGCUGCCCGGCAUCCCCGACAGUGAUGCCUGCUACUCCCGCAGCUGCGAGGCCUCAGGCGAGCUGCGCGUCGACGCCCCCAAAGGCCCAACGAGGCCGAGAAGGAGGCUCACCGCUUCAGAGUGGGAUUGGCAUCUCCGAGGAGAGCCCGGGAAGCGAUGAAGUGCCUGAUCCAAAGCGGCAGGAGCUUCUGGAGAAGGAGAGCCGGCGACUUCGAAUCGAGAAUGCCGAGCUCAAGAAGAGACUGCAGUUCGGGUCUGAGUUCUUGAAGCAGGAGAACCGAAGGCUUCGCGUGGAGAAUGCUGAGCUCAAGAAGCGGCUCUACUUCGCAGGACCCUAUGCGCAAGGCACGUCCUCCGUGCCGAUCUGGGUCCCAGUUCCCGUCAUGGCAGCAUCGCCGAACUGUGGCUCGCCGAACUCCGGGGCGGCAAGGGCUACAAUGUCGGCAGGCUGUGGUUCUGGACAGGUAUCUCCAGGCACUGGAACUCCGGCUACGCCUGCACAGGGUUCUGGAACACCUAUCCAGCAUGGCUUUUGGGUGCCCUUGGCGCGGAAUGCCGUCAUGAGCCCCACUGGCCCUUCGUGGCCUCUCGUUGCAGCGGUGCAGAUUGGCACUACAGGCAGCACCAGGUCGACUUUCUCGGAUGCCUCUCAGCAGGAGCGCUUCCUGCCCCAGAACGUCAUCUCCGACCCAACCUCUUCAGCUGCGUCAAACGCGGGGCAGGCAUCUGCAUCCGCCGACGGCACAGGCUACACGGUGCCAUUUCAGGGCAGCGAUGAUCGUUGGGUGUGCAUCCCAUCGGGCAUCGUCGAGCGGCACAAGGCGCAGUUCGAAGCUCCGAGCACUGGCGAGGCUCUCGAAGCCCAGGAGGGAGCCUCGAGCUGUCAAGCUGGAGCGCACGAGUCUCCAAGCGACUGA